GUAAAACCACAUCACUCCAUGCCGGGAGAACCUCGGCUCCAUCCAUGUCAGCUUCUCUUUAGUGCAUGCCUUACUAGAGGGAUUGAUCAGGACUAGAAGAGGGGAGACUCAUCAUCUAUCUGCUCCAAUGCUCCUGACAGAGGAGUCUGGUCUUUUCUAUUUUCAUAGUUGAGCCAGAUGACCCUUCACGUGUCAGCCCACAUUCAGUGCAAAACCAAGGUGUGUCUGUGUGUGAUAGUGUUCCUGAGUCUCUCCUUGACCAUGGGAGACCCUGGUCCGUGCAGACACUCCAUCACCAGAGAUCACCUGCUGACCAUAAGACGCCUGAUAGAUAACCAGUUGCAGAGUGGAUGCUCAAUAACCUACACAUUCAUUGAGCGGAGAAGUUUGAGUAAAUGUUGUUAUGUGAAAGCUGCCCUGCCCUGGAUCUUGGAGCUCCUGACCAGCCACUUUAGAUACACCCAAGGCUCAGACAACCACAGCUACGUUCUGUCUCUGACCUGUCUCCUCCACAACAUCUACUCUCAGAGAUGUGUACCACAGAUCAACGAGGAGCUAGAGGAUGACCCAGUGAGCUUUGGAAUGUCAUUCAGCAGCUCCCCAUCAGAGGCCCUGGGGAGGGUCCAGGAUGUCCUGUCUGAGUACUGGGAGCUGGUGACCACCAGGGAUUCCCCGGUAGACUGGAGCUGUGAGAGGGAGUACAGAGACACAGAAGAGCCCCCCACAGUCCUCCCUACAGCUUUCUCUCUGACUACAGGUGGGCAACUUCCUCAAGGUUCUUUACAGGGUCUCUAGCAAAGGCAUAAAACAGGGAAUUUCAUUAUUAUAGAAUAUAAUAAUACAGUAUGGUAAUUUAGCAAAGUAGCUUACAGAAUCAGACCCACUGUCCUCGGUUGUUGUAUGCUUGAACUAGCCGAGCGAUCUGAUUAUCUUAACCGUACUUGUCCAUAUUAUAACUCGGCUGUUAUGACCUGUCUCGUCAUCAACAGUCAGCACUUUUUGGGACUCAGAGAAAGCCCCUCAGACUGGUCUAGAUGGAGCCCAAGUUGGAGACCUUAAGUUUGAUUUCAUGGUCAUAACUCCAUCAGUCUGUGGAGGAAUGAUGUUCAUAUUCACUCUCUAUUGCCUCGUCAAACACAAGGUAAUAAUACAUACUUACAAGUUACAUAUACAUUGUGUUUUAGUCAUUUAGCAGACGCUCUUAUCCAGAGCUACUUGCAGGAGUGAGUGCAUACAUUUUCAUACUGAUCCCCAUGGGAAUUGAACCUGCGCAUUACAAGCACCAUGCUCUACCAACUCAGCCACACUGGACCACGUGUGAGUUGAAGUUAACCUUUUACUGCUGUGGGCUAAAUCAGGGUCACAGAGUGUUUCUUGGUAGUCUUAACACAUCUACAUUGAAACUAAAGUAUACACCUCACAUACAUUCUUAUGGUCUUAAGAAAAGAAGACACCUGUAUCAUGUCAGAUAGAGAGUUGAAAUUGAUUCAAUUUUGAGUUUGCAUCCCCAUAUUACACUUUAUGUAGAUCACAAAAGACUGAAAUAUAACUCACCCAUUUGACCCAUGUCACUUGACCUAAACAUCAGAUUUUCGGCAUAGAAAAAUAUCUAAUGUUUAUAUCAUGUUUAUUAAUGAAUUCAUAUUCAUAACAUUCCACCCAUGUGAUUUGGUCAUUUGACUGCAGGAAUUAAUAAAUAGCA